AUGAAACACUACCUCGUGAAUCCGGAGCUGCUAGAAGAGAUGGUAGAAAAGUUACCUGCAACGAGAAAGCUGGAAUGGGUAAGGUAUAGUCGUGAAUAUCCCUGCUCCACCCUAGAGGAAUUCGGUCGGUUCAUGGAGGAUUUGGUUGACGAAGCUUGCGAGGUGACUAAAUACACUCCACCAAAAGCAAGUCAGCCCAAGAGGGUACAUCACUCGAACGUACACUCGCAAGCCGAACCGACCCCAGCGAACCUCGAAGAGCCCGCUGCAGCUAAACCUACUUCAACCCAAGAAGGAGCAAACGCGGUAAGGCCAUACCAACCACCACCGUGCCACAACUGUGGCGAGACGGACCACAAAGUACGGCAAUGCGAGUCGUUCAAGCGCCUGCCCUUAAGCGACCGUUUAGCAGCAGUGACGCGCUGGAAGUUAUGCCACAAUUGCUUGACCAAUCACGGAGCUAAGCCAUGCCGGUCAAGAUACACCUGUGGUAUCGAGGGAUGCAGAGAGCGGCAUCAUCGUUUGCUGCACCGACCAACGCAGUUGACAACGACACAACCGGCACAGUUCCAAAUGCACCGAAAUGAGUUGCAGACAACUUUGUUUCGUGUGGUGCCCGUCACACUCUACAACGGCGAUAACCGGAUCGACACACACGCCUUCAUGGACGAGGGAUCAUCGCUGACGUUCGUGGAAUCCAGCCUAGCUGAGAGCCUCGGUCUAGAGGGAGUUCCGGAGCCACUGGAACUGAGAUGGACUGCGAGUGUGAAACGCAAGGAGACCACGUCAAGGAAGAUCAGCCUAGAGAUCUCCGGACGUGGUGACGAGCGGCGCUAUUCUAUAGCGGCCGCUCACACAGUAGACGAGCUAAGUUUACCCACAAAUCACCUAAAUUUCAAAACACUGAUAAGUUCUUACCACUACUUGCAGGGUCUACCGGUAAAAGCUUAUGAAGACGGAGUGCCCAGGAUGCUGAUAGGACUUGCCAAUGUCGACCUCAUGAAGCCGCUAGACAUACGAUCAGGCCAACCAGGAGAGCCAAUCGCGGUUAAGACGGUGCUUGGGUGGGCGAUCUACGGCCCUCACGAGGAGAACACAGAUCAGCGACAAGCGGCCACGUGCAACGUGCACAACCUAGUGCGACAGCGUUGCGAAGAGGAUGCCGCGCUGAACGAGACACUUCGUCGAUAUUUCACCCUGGAGGAGACCGGCGUGUCGACAUACAGCGAGUUCCUGCCGAAACCCAAGGACGUCGUUCGAGCCAACGAUCUUCUCGAACGCACCACUGAGAAGCAUGAUGGCCGCUUUACCACGGGGUUGCUGUGGAAGUCCGACGAGGUUGAUUUCCCCGACAGCCUGACAAUGGCGACAAAGCGUCUACAUUCUUUAGAAAAGAAGCUCGAUAAGGACCCUGCGAUGAAACAGACAGUGCACGAACAGGUACACAUGUACCUGGAGAAAGGUUAUGCCCAUAAAGCGACCGCACAGGAAUUAGCUUCGGCAGAUCCCAAACGAGUAUGGUAUCUGCCACUUAACAUCGUUGGCCACCCGCGAAAACCGAACAAGAAGCGCCUCGUCUGGGAUGCGGCGGUCAAGGUGAAAGGCGUGUCGCUCAAUACGCAACUGCUGAAAGGGACGGAUCUUCUGGUAGCGCUUCCUAGUGUGCUAUGUAGAUUCCGACAACGAAAAGUGGCAUUUGGCGGGGACAUCGAAAAGAUGUUCCACCAAAUCCAAAUAAAAAAAGAAGACACCCACGCUCAGCGGUUUCUCUUCCGUUUCAACCCGCAAGAACACCCACAGACGUAUCUGAUGGACGUGGCCACAUUCGGUGCAGCGUGUUCGCCGUGCUCCGCACAGUACAUUAUGCACCGCAACGCUGACGAACACGCGGGUCAAUAUCCUGAAGCUGCAGCAGCCAUCAAGAAAAAUACCUACAUGGAUGACUAUUUUGACAGCUGCGAUACGGUCAGCGAGGCACGGCAAAGGUUAAUGCAGGUAAAACUCAUCCACUCGAAAGCAGGGUUUAACUUGCGCAAUUGGCUUAGCAACGAGGAUGCAGUGCUAGAAAGCUUGUCAGAGGAACCGCGUGAACAACAGCGCGUCAUUAACUUCGGGCAGGAGGAAAAAUAUCCCCGCGUACUCGGGUUGAUCUGGGACCCUGUAACCGACGCGUUCAAAUUCUCCAUGAAGUGGCACGACGAGCUAAAGCCCUUUGCUACAGGAGAAAGACGACCAACCAAACGCAUGGUUUUGCGCAUUAUAAUGAGCCUUUUCGACCCGCUUGGCUUGCUAGCUCCAGUCUUGAUAUUGGGGAGAAUCGUCAUGCAAGACUUGUGGAGAAGUGGUAUGGAUUGGGAUGCUGAAGUGCAAGAACAAGAUUACCAAAAAUUGCCGGAUUGGUACUGGGGUAGCAAUGUCGAGAAACAACCCGAAUCUGUCCAGCAGCAUGUUUUCUCGGAUGCGAGUGAUCAAGCAUACGGAUGCGCAGCCUACUUCAGGUUCGACACGGGAAGCGAAAUACACUGCUCCCUGGUGAUGGCGCGCAGUAAGGUAGCACCUUUGAAGCACCAGUCGAUACCUCGACUAGAACUGGAGGCGGCACUGUUGGGAGCAAGGCUGGCACGAACUGUUUGCGAAAGCCACGAUUUCAAGGUAUCGGAAAAGUUUCUCCACACCGACUCUGAAGUGGUGCUGAGCUGGAUUCGAUCUCCAACACGCGACUUUAAGCAGUUCGUGGCAUGUCGCGUGGGCGAAAUAAUAUCGUUAACUGAGCCAGAGAACUGGAGGCAUGUACCUACGAAAGAAAACCCAGCCGACUGUCUUACCAAGCGCUGCCGUGACACCACCAUCGAAACCCAAGCACAUAGCCUCUCCACCACGGCGUGCAUUAUGGCCAUAAGACGAUUUAUUGGCAGGAGAGGGCCACCCGCAGAGAUCUGGUCCGAUAACGGCACCAACUUUAUCGGCGCCAGCAACGAGCUAAAAAGACAGUUAGCGAACACUCACCAUAGCUGCGCGGACACCUUCACCAACGCUAACACCAGGUGGAACUUUAACCCCCCAUCCGCACCACACAUGGGUGGCGUCUGGGAGCGCAUAGUGCGCAGUGUCAAGGAAGGGAUGAGCGCACUGGACGACGGACGCACCAUAAACGACGAAACUCUACUAACAACUUUAGCCGAAGUCGAGUUCCUGAUUAAUACGCGACCACUCGUGUAUCAGCCGCAAGUUUCCGAUUCAGAAGCACUAACGCCAACCACUUUCUUCUAG